UGAAAUUAGCUGAGAUCUGUAUACCAUGUGUGUUAAUGUGAUAUGAUACCAAUGCUGAUCCUCACUGUUCAAUCUGACCAUCUAUAAUGAGUAGAGAUCUAAACUGUCAAAUAAAUAAACCUUUUAAACCUGUCAUGACCAAUUUGCCUUGACCAAUGUCUUAUUCUUUGAUUCAAAUAUAAGAUUUUGAUUUGAUUAUGAUCUUUAAAACCCCCAAAACAUUGAAUUAUCCCCAGUUGAUAGCUGUUGACUCUUAGGUCUCCUCUCACCAAACUACAAUGUUUGUACUAAAACUUGACAUUUCGAGUAGACUAUAAAGUUUGCCCUGAAACUUGACCUCACUAGUCCUGUCUGAUGUGGCAGCUGUAGUUUGUGGGCUGGUUGUUUGUUUACAGGCAGGUGUUGCCUACCUACGACAGUCUGGACGAGCCUUCCAUCAAACGCAUGAGCACCAUCUUCACCACCUCCCUCAACAUUGUCACCACCUUCUACAUCACGGUGAGUGGUGCAUGCUGAUGAUGUCACUUCCUGUCUCGAUGUCUUCAUCGCAUAGUACGUUGUUCUAUACUGCAUGAUGGUUUAGGUGUGUGUGACUUUUGAAUUUAGGACUUUGAUAUUCCCCUCUAACCUCCUCUCAUCCUUCCUUCCCUCCUUCCUCCCCUCCUACCUUCCUUCCCUCCUCUCCUCUCUCUAGGUGGGCUUCUUUGGCUACGUCAGUUUCACUGACGACAUAGCCGGUAACGUUCUGAUGAACUUCCCUUCUAACCUGGUGACAGAGAUGAUCCGCGUGGGCUUCAUGAUGUCAGUGGCUGUGGGCUUCCCCAUGAUGAUACUGCCCUGUAGACAGGCCAUCAACACCAUGCUGUUCGAACAACAGGUGACUUUAUACACAAAUGCAGGUUAACACACACUCAGUAAAUAGUGAUAAGAUAUUAUCAUUCCCUAACCCGGAAGAGCUUUACUGUAGAAUACUGUUAUAAUGAAUCUUUCUCUCUGUCCUCUUUUCUCUCCUUCCCUCUUUUUCUCCCUCUCAGCAGAAGGAUGGGACAUUUGCUGCGGGGGGGUACAUUCCUCCACUUCGCUUUAAGAUGAUCACCCUCGCCAUUGUCUUCGGAACCAUGCUGGGAGGCAUCCUCAUCCCCAAUGGUGUGUGUUUGUGUGUGCGUGCGGGCAGGCGUUCACGUGUGUGUGCGCGCUUGUUCGUUUGUUCUUAUGUUUGUAUGUCUGCAGGCCUUUAAGGUGCAUAUGUUGUUUUAUGUGUGUGUUGUAACUCAAGCUUUUUACGACGUGUGUGAAUAUGAGUUUAUGACUCAGUGACUGUCACACUCUAACACACUCCUUAAAUCACAUCUCUAACUUUUAUCUCCUCUGGACGAACAGACAGGAAGAUAGCGCUAUUAUUCUCCCUUCCUCAUAGACACACACCCCCUCUGGCUCAAAGACCCCCACAACACACACACACCCCCUCUGGCUCAAAGACCCCCACAACACACACACACCCCCUCUGGCUCAAAGACCUCCACAACACACACACACCCCCUCUGGCUCAAAGACCCCCGCAACACACACACACCCCCUCUGGCUCAAAGCCCCCCACAACACACACACACCCCCUCUGGCUCAAAGACCCCACAACACACACACACCCCCUCUGGUUCAUAGACCCCCACAACACACACACACCCCCUCUGGCUCAAAGACCCCACAACACACACACACCCCCUCUGGUUCAUAGACCCCCACAACACACACACACACCCUCUGGCUCAAAGACUCCCACAACACACACACACACCCCCUCUGGCUCAAAGACCCCACAACACACACACACCCCCUCUGGUUCAUAGACCCCCACAACACACACACACCCCCUCUGGCUCAAAGACCCCCACAACACACACACACCCCCUCUGGCUCAAAGACCCCACAACACACACACACCCCCUCUGGUUCAUAGACCCCCACAACACACACACACCCCCUCUGGUUCAUAGACCCCCACAACACACACUUAUUCUUUAGCGGUCUCCGUUGUCUGUGUGCUGUAAUAAUGAUCUAGAUGUGAAGGUUGGGGUUAGUUUGAAUGUUUUAUUUAUCUUGUGUGGUAAGGCUAUUAGUUAGGGUUGUGUUUGGGUAGGGACACACACACUGCUGUGUUUGGCUGGGGUGUGUGUAUCUAAUCAGGCUAAUAGAGAGGAAGGGGGAGGAGGGACUCCAGGGGGAAACGGACACUAAAUCUGAGGGACACAAUAUAGUCUGGGUCCCCAGGAUGAGAGAUGGGGCCUGGGCCCAGCGCCCAGACAGACCUGCCCAGGGGAGGGAGGGGUUGGAUCGGGAGGAGGAUGGCUCUGGUACUGGCUUGAAACACAGGGUCUGGAAGUGAAGCUUGUUCUAGAUUAGAUUAGGGGGGUGUAGGUUUGUGAAUCAUUUGGGACUGGGCCAUAGGCCAGAUGGGUUGGAACAUGGUAUUUGUAUUUAUUUUGGAUCCCCAUUAGCUGCUGCCAAGGCAGCUCUUCCUGGUGUCAGGCAAAAUUAAGGCAGUUAUAAAAAAAAUUAAAUUACCAUUCAUUCAUUACAGAAUUCACAACACACUGUGUGCCCUCAGGCCCAUACUCCACUACCACAUAUCUCAACACAAAAUCCAUGUGUACGUGUGUGUAUAGUGCGUAUGUUAUCGUGUGUGUGUGUGUGUGUAUGCAUGUGUCUGUGCUUAUGUUUGUGUUGCUUCACAGUCCCCGCUGUUCCAUAAGGUGUAUUUUUCUCUGUUUUUUAAUCUGAUUCUACUGCUUGCAUCAGUUACCGGAUGUGGAAUAGAGUUAUAUGUAGUCAUGGCUCAAUGUAGUACUGUGCGCCUCCCAUAGUCUGUUCUGGACUUGGGGACUGUGAAGAGACCUCUGGUGGCAUGUCUUGUGUGGUAUGCAUGAGGGUGUCUGAGCUGUGUGCUAGUCGUUUAAACAGACAGCUCCCCGCUUUCAACAUGUCAAUACCUCUCACAAAUACAAGUAGUGAUGAAGUCAAUCUCUCCUCUACUUUGAGCCAGGAGAGAUUGACAUGCAUAUUAUUAAUGUUUGCUCUCUGUGUACAUCCAAGGGCCAGCCAUGCUGCCCUGUUCUGAGUCAAUUGCAAUUUUCCUAAGACCCUCUUUGUGGCACCUGACCACACAACUGAACAGUAGUCCAGGUGUGACAAAACUAGAGCCUGUAGGACCUGCCUUGUUGAUAGUGCUGUUAAGAAAGUAGAGUAGCGCUUUAUUAUGGACAUACUUCUCCCCAUCUUAGCUACUGUUGUAUCAAUAUGUUUUGAUCAUGACAGUUUACAAUCCAGGGUUACUCCAAGCAGUUUAGUCACCUGAACUCGCUCAAUUUCCACAUUAUUUAUUACAAGAUUUAGUUGAGGUUUAGGGUUUAGUGAAUGAUUUGUCCCAAAUGCAAUGCUUUUAGUUUUUGAAAUAUUUAGGACUAACUUAUUCCUUGCCACCCAUUCUGAAACUAACUGCAGCUCUUUGUUAAGUGUUGCAGUCAUUUCAGUUGCUGUAGUAGCUGACGUGUAUAGUGUUGAGUCAUCUGCAUACAUUUACACACUUGCUUUACUCAAAGCCAGUGGCAUGUCGUUAGUAAAGAUUGAAAAAAGGAAGGGGCCUAGACAGCUGCCCUGGGGAAUUCCUGAUUCUACCUGGAUUAUGUUGGAGAGGCUUCCAUUAAAGAACACACUCUGUGUUCUAAUAGUUCUAAUAGACAUACGUUUUUCCAGCAGCAGAUCAUGAUCGAUAAUGUCUAAAGCCACACUGAAGUCUAACAAAACAGCCCCCACAAUCUUUUUAUCAUCAAUUUCUCUCUGCCAAUCAUCAUUCAUUUGUGUAAGUUCUGUGCUUGUUGAAUAUCUUUCCCUAUAAGCGUGCUGAAAGUCUGUUGUCAAUUUGUUUACUGUAAAAUAGUAUUGUACCUGGUCAAACACAAUUUUUUCCAAAACUUUAUUAAGGGUUGGUAACAGGCUGAUUGGUCAGCUAUUUGAGUAUUUGAGCCAGUAAAGGGGGCUUUACUAUUCUUAGGUUGCGGAAUGACUUUUGCUUCACUCCAGGCAUGAGGGCACACACUUUCUAGUAGGCUUAAAUUGAAGAUAUGAUAAAUAGGAGUGGCAAUAUCGUCCGCUAUUAUCCUCAGUAAUUUUCCAUCCAUGUUGUCAGACCCCGGUGGCUUGUCAUUGUUGAUAGACAACAAUCAUUUUUUCACCUCUUCCACACUCACUUUACGGAAUUCAAAAUUACAAUUCUUGUCUUUCAUAAUUUGGUCAGAUAUACUUGGAUGUGUAGUGUCAGCGUUUUGUUGCUGGCAUGUCAUGCCAAAGUCAGUUAAUCUUGCCAAUGAAAAAAUUAUUAAAGUAGUUGGCAAUAUCAGUUGGUUUUGUAAUGAAUGAGCCAUCUGAUUCAAUGAAUGAUGGAGCUGAGUUUGCCUUUUUUCCCAAAAUUUCAUUGAAGGUGCUACAAAGCUUUUUACUAUCAUUCUUUGUCAUUUAUCUUUGUUUCAUAGUGUAGUUUCUUCUUCUUUUAGUCACAUGAUUUCUCAAUUUGCAAUACGUUUGCCAAUCGGUUGUGCAGCCAGACUUAUUUGCCAUUCCUUUUGCCUCAUCCCUCUCAACCAUACAAUUUUUGAAUUCCUCAUCAAGCUAUGGGGAUUUAACAGUUUCCUCGUCGUUUUCUGAAUGGGUGCAUGCUUAUUAGUAACUGGGAUAAGCAAUUUCAUAAAUGUGUCAAGUGCAACGUCUGUUUACUCCUCAUUACACACCACUGACUCCAACAAAUAUUGUUCACAUCAACAACAUAGGAAUCACUACAAAACUUAGUGUAUGACCUCUUAUACACUAUAUUAGGCCCAGCCUUUGGAACUUUGGUUUUCCUAGAUAUGGCUACUAUAUUGUGAUCACUACAUCCGAUGGAUCUGGAUACUGCUUUCAAGCACAUUUCUGCAGCAUUAGUAAAGAUGUGAUCAAUACAUGUUGAUGAUUUCAUUCGUGUGGUGUUUGUAACUACCCUGGUAGGUUGACUGAUAACCUGAACCAGGUUGCAGGCACUGGUUACAGUUGGAAGCUUUUUAUUGAGUGGGCAGCCUGAUGAAAGCCAGUCAAUAUUUAAAUCACCCAGAAAAUAUACCUCUCUGUUGAUAUCACAUACAUUAUCAAGCGUUUCACACGUUAUCCAGAUACUGACUGUUAGCACUUGGUGGUCUAUAGCAGCUUCCCACAAGAAUGGGCUUUAGGUGAGGCAGAUUAACCUGUAGCCAUAUUACUUCAACAGUAUUUAACAUGAGAUCCUCUCUAAUCUUUACAGGAAUGUGGUUCUGAAUAUAAACAGCAACACCUCCACAACUGGCAUUUCUGUCUUUUCUGUAAAUAUUAUAACCUUGUAUUGCUACCACUGUAUCAUCAAAGGUAUUGUGUAAGUGAGUUUCAGAGAUAGUCAGAAUAUGAAUGUCAUCUGUUACUAGCAAGUUAUUAAUUUCAUGAACCUUGUUUCUUAAGCUACAUGUGGAGAUUCUGACUUCUGAUUGAACAGGAAUGCUAAGCCCUGUCCCUGUAUGUAUGGUGUGGAGGUGCAGGAAGAGGAGAGUGGGAUGAGAAGGAUGAGGACUGUUAGCUUGGCUGAUGCACAGACCCACGUGGUACACUGUCAGCUAGAGAAUGUCGCUUUAGCCAGGCAAGAGAUUGUAUGUGUGUGACUAAAUGUUUCUCUAUGCUCUUAUCUCUGUAGUGGAGACCAUCCUGGGUCUGACUGGAGCCACCAUGGGCUCCCUCAUCUGCUUCAUCUGCCCUGCCCUCAUCUACAGAAAGAUACAGAAGAAUGGACUCACCGCACAGGUACCACACACACACACACACACACACACACACACACAAACACACUCUAGUCCUACUAACCCCAUCACUGACCAACAUCCCUCUCUCGCUCUCUCUUUCACUCUAGCUCUCUCUCUCUGGUGGUCCCCUGUAGCUCAGUUGAUAGAGCAUGGCGCUUGCAACGCCAGGAUAGUGUGUUUCGAAUCCUGGGACCACCCAUAAGUAAAAUGUAUACACACAUGACUAAGUCGCUUUGGAUAAAAGCGUCUGCUAAAUGGCAUAUUUUAUUAUUAUAUAAUCUUUCUCUCUCUCUCCCUCUAUAGUUGGUGUUAUGGGUGGGGUUAGGCAUCCUGCUGGUCAGCACCUUCACCACGCUGUCAAUCUCAGCCAGUGACUCCACCCCCAAGCAGGCCCCUCCUCCCCCUGCAGCUGACAAGAGUGCCAUCUUUGGAGUCCUUCCUGAUGUCCCUGAUUUACGGAAUGGUACGGACCGUAUUACUCUUAUAGCCAAAGGCAAUGUUCCAUCGUCGAGUGAACUUUCCAUUCUAUUCUGUUCUUUGUUAUUCUAUUCUAAUCAGUUCCAAAUCUGCAAUGCUCCAAACUCCAAAGUUCACAUUUUGAUGUCAGUGUUGGAGAGAGGUGCAGAAAAGUGAGAGUAUAUAGAGCAAGUUAGAGCCAAAAGGUAAAAGCAAUCUUAAAACAAAGAAAUAUGGAAUCGCGGAUAAAUGGGGGAAUAUAUUGGGUUUUUGACUGACAGACAGUUAGACAGACAGGGGUAGAGGAUAACCACUUGAUAAUAUCUAAGAAAAGCAGCGUUUGACAUUGAUGGAGCCAGAAUGAUGCCCUUCAAACUCCAGUGGUUUCUCAUCUUCCCCUUAUCUCCCCCUCUCCUCCUCCCCCUCUCUCCCCCUCUCCUCCUCCCUCUCUCCCCCUCUCCUCCUCCCUCUUUCCCCCUCUCUUGGGCAGCUGAAAUGCCUGCUAGCUCUUUCCUGUAACAGGGGGAUAAGAUGGAGGGGGUAUGGAGGGAGGGGGUUGAGAGGUACAGACAGAGGAAAUGAGGGGAGAGAUGAGUGAGACAGGAGGGCGGGGGUUCGGGGGGUUAGGGGCUUGAGGGGUUUGGGUAAGAGGAGAAGAGGGGGAUCGUAAAAAUGAGAAAGAGCUCCACACAUCAGAGCAAGGACAGUUCACACAGCCCCAUCCUGCCUUCCAUUCUCCUCUUUCUAUCUCUCUUUCUUUCUUUAUCUCUCUCUCCCGCCCUCUGACUAAUAGUCGCCCACUUCCUUCCACACCUGUUUCCUGUUUAUUGCAGAUUAGUGAGGCCAGUAGAACAGAAGGAAGGGUCUCUGUACCCUCUCGUCAUUUUCUCUCUAUUCUCUCUUAGACUGUACUGUAGCAGUUAUUGUAUGUCAGCAUUAGUGUUGCAUCUCUUUAUAGUUUAGAUCUCUGCUGCCAUCUAGUGGAUCUCUCACACACAAAUAUUGGUAUAUACAGUGCAUUCGGACAGUAUUCAAACCCCUUGACUUUUUCCACAUUUUGUUAUGUUACAGCCUUAUUCUAAAAUUGAUUAAAUAAAUACAAAUCCUCAUCAAUCUACACACAAUACCCCAUAAUGACAAAGCAAAAACAGGUUUUCAGAAAUCUUUGCAAAUUUAUUAAAAAUAAAAAACAUAAGUAUUCAGACCCUUUGCUAUGAGACUCGAAAUUGAGGUUAGGUGCAUCCUGUUUCCAUUGAUCAUCCUUGAGAUGUUUCUACAACUUGGAGUCCACCUGUGGUAAAUUCAAUUGAUUGGACAUGAUUUGGAAAGGCACACUCCUGUUAUAUAUGGUCCCACAGUUGACAGUGCAUGAGGUCGAAGGAAUUGUCCGUAGAGCUCAGAGACAGGAUUGUAUCUGGGGAAGGGUACAAAAAACAUCUGCAGCAUUGAAAGUCCCCAAGAACACAGUGGCCUCCAUCAUUCUUCAAUGGUAGAAAUGUGGAACCACCAAGACUCUUCUUAGAGCUGGCCGCCCGGCCAAACUGAGCAAUCGGGGGCGAAGGGCCUUGGUCAGGGAGGUGACCAAGAACCCGAUGGUCACUCUGACAGAGCUCCAGAGUUCCUCUGUGGAGAUGGGAAAACCUUCCAGAUGGACAACCAUCUCUGCAGCACUCUACCAAUCAGGCCUUUAUGGUAGAGUGGCCAGACGGAAGCCACUCCUUAGUAAAAGGCACAUGACAGCCCGCUUGGAGUUUACCAAAAGGCACCUAAAGGACUCUGACCAUGAGAAACAAGAUUCUCUGGUCUGAUGAAACCAAGAUUAAACUCUUUGUCCUGAAUGCCAAGUGUCACUUCUGGAGGAAACUUGGCACCAUCCCUAUGGUGAAGCAUGGUGGUGGCAGCAUCAUGCUGUGGGGAUGUUUUUCAGCCGCAGGGACUGGGAGACUAGUCAGAAUCGAGGGAAAGUUGAACGGAGCAAAGUACAGAAAGAUCCUUGACGAAAACCUGCUCCAGAGUGCUCAGGACCUCAGAAUGGGGUGAAGGUUCACCUUCCAACAGGACAACGACCCUAAGCACACAGCCAAAACAACGCAGCAGUGGCUUCGGGACAAGUCUCUGAAUGUCCUUGAGUGGCCCAGCCAGAGCCCGGAUUUGAACCCAAUCUAACAUCUCUGGAGAGACCUGAAAAUAGCUGUGCAGCGACGCUCCCCAUCCAACCUGACAGUGCUUGAGAGGACCUGCAGAGAAUAAUGGGAGAAACUCCCCAAAUACAGGUGUAACAAGCUUGUAGCGUCAUACCAAAGAAGAUUUGAGGCUGUAAUCGCUGCCAAAGGUGCUUCAACAAAGUACUGAGUAAAGGGUCUGAAUAUUUAUGUAAAUGUUAUAUUUCCGUUUUUUUUUUUUUUAUAGACAUUUGCAAAAAAAUCUAAAAACCUGUUUUUGCUUUGUCAUUAUGGGGUAUUGUGUGUAGAUUAUUUAGGGGGGAAAACUAUUUCAUCCAUUUUAGAAUAAGGCUGUAACAUAACAAUGUGGAAAAAGUCAAGAGGUGUGAAUACUUUCUGAAUGCACUGUAUGUUAAAAUUAUGUACUGCAUUCUCUCUCUCUCUCUAUCUCUCCAUUUCUCCCCCCCCCAUUCUCCCCUCUCUCCCUCCCAGCAGUAGAGAAGCCAGUGGUAGUGAAACCGCCUGAGGUGAAGCCUCUGUUGGUGGAGAGGCCUAAGGCCCCUGCUGCAGUAGAGUCAGUCCAUCCAGUAGAGAGACAGCAGGAGCCGGCUGAGCCCCCCCAGAUCAAAGGACCUGAACAAGGAGUAGCAGACAUGAAAAAGAAGGAGGAGGUACAGCUGGACCGCCCCGACGCAGGUACGGAACCAGGGAGAACCCUUUAGAAACUAGGGAGAACCUUUUAGAACCAGGGAGAACCCGUUAGAACCAGGCAGAAUCCACUAGACUAGAACAGACAAGAAAACCAGUAAUCUAUAGGUUUUUUAAAAGUCAGGAAUGCUAUUUACAGCAACACCUGAAACCCCAUGUGUUGUACCUGUGUGUAUUCCCCCUCCUCCCUUCCUGCAGGUGUGGCGGUACCUGACGGGUUGGCCCAUCGGCACGAGCCACCCAUCCCCCACGACGAGGUCCAGAUAGAGAAGAGGAAGAAUGACGCCGAGCUGGAGGAGGAGAAGAACCAACCUGCAGCUGGAGGAGAAGAGGAAGAGGGGCAGUCUGAGGGAGGAGAGAAAGAGGAGAAACUUCCCGUGGUAGUGAAAAAAGAGGAAGUGGAAGAGGCCAAGAUGCAGUUCAAUGAGGUGCUGGAGAAGCCUGACCCGGGGGCAGGGAAGAAACAGGAAGUCCCGCCCCUAAAGGAAGUGGAGAAACUUGCCCCAGUGAAAGAGGUGCUUGCUGUGAAGGAUGUGGUGGCUGAGCAGGAGCUGGUUGAUGAUUCGGCCAAAGCCCCAGAUGCUGCUGGGAAACGUGAGUAUGACUGGUCUUUAUCCAGAACAUUCAAUCAACUCAGAUGCUCUGUGAUUUGAUUGGCUGUAGAUGUUUGACAUCACCCGACCUUUGACCCUGUGGACCUUUGACCCUGUGCUACAGUUCCUGAAGCAGUGGUUCCUGGGGCAAUGGAGGUGGCUGCUGCUCCAGAAGCAAAGGAAGGGAAGGAGGGAGGAGUGGAGGACAAGAUGGAUGGUAAGUGGAGGAGUAAGAAGGAGUAAGGAAUUGAAGUACAGAUCAAGGACCAGGGUUAGCAGCUCAUAGACAGACAGGCAGAAUGGAUGGAUUUAUGAUAAAUUCUUGUUAUAUUGGAUCACAGGAGGUUGGUGGCACCUUAAUUUGGGAGAACGGGUUCGUGGUAAUGACUGGAGCAUAAUAAGUGGAAUGGUAUCCAAUGCAUCAAACACAUGGUUUCCAGGUGUUUGAUGCCAUUCCAUUUGCGCCGUUCCAAACAUUAUUAUGAGCCGUUCUCCCGUCAGCAGCCUCUUGUUAUAUUGGAUAUACCAUUCCAUGCUAUGUCUGUACUAUGUCUGUAUCUGUAUUCUUUCUCUCUCUGACUUGUACUGCUUCUUUGUCUGUCUGAUUCUCUCUCUCUCAUUCUCUCUUUCGAUCUCAAGUGUGUCUUUGGCAACAAGCUGUUAGCUGGUUGAGAGCUUUUUGCUGGUUUUUUUUGAUGCGGGAUUCUCUCAUUACUUUCUUUCUCGCUCUUUGGCUUGAUUCACUCAGGACACUCCGCAGCACGUUUUUGGUUUCUCUCUUCUGACUCACUCUUUCUUUUCUCUCUUUCUCGCUCCUUUUCUUUCCUCUAUGCCGGGCUCCUGUCACAGUGAUAAAAAAGCUGGUUGCAGGUAUGAACUCCUCCUCUCUACUUCUUUCUCUAUCCAUCUGUCUGUCUGUCUGUCUCUCUCCUACUGUGUUCACAUCUAGUCACUCAACCAACUAAUGAAGUCUAGAGAUGUGUAGUACCCAGUUUAGGAAUAUUUUCUACAUCUGCCCCCCCCAACCCAAUUGGCCAUAACCCCCAAGUCCUAACCCACCUCACCCUCUCACACAGUACCCCCCACCUUGUCUAAACUGCUUACAUCUUGUUUGUAGCAACCAUAUCCUACAUUAGUUUGACUGAGUUAUCCCUCCUCCUUAAACACAUCCCUAUAUUGUUUGUCUGGAUAAAUCAAAUGCCCCUUCUCCCUUCGAUGUAGAUACCAAUACUGCCCAAUAUACAGAGCAUUCAGAAAGUAUUCAGACCCCUUGACUUUUUCCACAUUUUGUUACGUUACAGCCUUAUUCUAAAAUUGAUGAAAUUGUUUAUUUUUCCUCAUCAAUUUACACACUAUACCUCAUAAUGACAAAGCAAAAACUGGUUUGUAGAAAUUUAUGUAAGUAUUCAGACCCUUUACUCAGUACUUUGUUGACGCACCUUUGGCAGCGAUUACAGCUUGGUACACCUGUAUUUGGGGAGUUUCUCACAUUCUUCUCUGCAGAUCCUCUCAAGCUCUGUCAGGUUGGAUGUGGAGUGUCGCUGCACAGCUAUUUUCAGGUCUCUCCAGAGAUGUUCGAUCGAGUUCAAAUCUGGGCUCUGGCUGGGCCACUCAAGGACAUUCAGAGACUUGUCCCGAAGCCACUCCUGCGUUGUCUUAGCUGUGUGCUUAGGGUUGUUGUUCUGUUGGAAGGUUAACCUUCACCCCAGUCUGAGGUCCUGAGCGCUCUGGAGCAGGUUUUCAUCAAAGAUCUUUGUACUUUGCUCUGUUCAUCUUUCCCUCAAUCCUGACUAGUCUCCCAGUCCCUGCCGCUGAAAAACAUCCCCACAGCAUGAUGCUGCCACCACCAUGCUUCACCGUAGGGAUGGUGCCAGGUUUCCUCCAGACGUGACGCUUGGCAUUCAGGCCAAAGAGUUCAAUCUUGGUUUCAUCAGACCAGAGAAUCUUGUUUCUCAUGGUCGGAGAGUCUUUAGGUGCCUUUUGGCAAACUCUAAGUGGGCUGUCAUGUGCCUUUUACUGAGUGGCUUCCGUCUGGCCACUCUACCAUAAAGGUCUGAUUGGUGGAGUGCUGCAGAGAUGGUUGUCCUUCUGGAAGGUUCUCCCAUCUCCACAGAGGAAAUCUAGAGCUCUGUCAGAGUGACCAUCGGGUCCUUAUCCCCCGAAUACUUAGUUUGGCCGGGCGGCCUUGGUGGUUCCAAACUUCUUCCAUUUAAGAAUGAUGGAGGCCACUGUGUUCUUGGGGACCUUCAAUGCGGCAGACAUUUUUUGAUAGCCUUCCCCAGAUCUGUGCCUCGACACAAUCCUGUCUCGGAGCUCUACGGACAAUUCCUUCAACCUCAUGGCUUGGUUUUUGCUGUGACAUGGACUGUCAACUGUGGGACCUUAUAUAGACAGGUGUGUGCCUUUCCAAAUCAUGUCCAAUCAAUUGUAUUGACCACAGUUGGACUCCAAUCAAGUUGUAGAAACAUCUCAAGGAUGAUCAAUGGAAACAGGAUGCACCUGAGCUCAAUUUCGAGUCUCAUAGCAAAGGGUCUGAAUACUUAUGUAAAUAAGGUAUUUCUGUUUUGUAUUUUUAACACAUUUGCAAAAAAAAUUCAAAAAGGUCUUCGCUUUGUCAUUAUGGGGUAUUGUGUGUAGAUUGAUGAGGACAUUUCUUUAUUUAAUCCAUUUUAGAAUAAGGCUGUAACGUAACAAAAUGUGGAAAAAGGGAAGGGGUCUGAAUACUUUCUGAAUGCACUGUAUGAUUUAUGAACUUCACCCAAUCCCUGUGUCAUUUGGUACAUUCCAAUCCCUCUCACUUGUAAUUGACUGCCCCUGUGUGGGGUUUGUAUGUUCUAACCCUGUCUCCCCCCAUGUAGAGGGUCAGUUGGACCAUGCCGUUCUGCUGCAGGUUAUAAAGGAGCAGCAAGAGCAGCAGAAGAGACUGUUGGACCAGCAGGAGAAACUACUGGCUGUCAUACAGGAACAGCACCAGGAGAUGCACCCCAAAAAGCCAGGUACACACACACACACACACACACACACACAUACUCACUCGUGCUCAGUGUGUGCACUCUCAUACAUGUUCUAAGUUUAUAUUCUGAUGCAUGUCUAAGUGCUGAGUAUGAGUAAUUGAAAUGUUAGGUCAGUAAAAGGGAAAGUAGAUAACGAUCUUUGUAUCUUGUGUUACAUCAGAUGGAGCUCCAGAGGCUGAUGCAGAGAAGGGGGUACAGGAGGAUGGGGAAGCAUCCAAGCCCAAAGACCCAGCUCAAGAUGGCCCUGCCCUGGCCUCAGACGCCGGGGAGCCCAAAGGAGCAGGAGCUGGAGCUCUACAGGCUGGAGGGGCCGAGCCUCACGUUCAGCCCCAGAAUGAGGUCCUCCCUGUGGAGAAGAGUGCCGAAGAGCAGGUUGCCAAAGUGGUUCCCCCCGUGAUCCCCAAGGAAGUAGUCCAGGAGGUCCCUAAACAGGCGAUGGUGGCAGGGGCAGCAGUGGAGGCCCCUAAGGAGCUGGGAGCUAGAGGGGUACCGCUGGGUCAGAAGGUGGCAGAGGGGGUGAAUGUAGAACCAGCCCAGCCCAAACACAAAAAGGAGCAGCCACCACCUGCUAAAGCUGAGGACUGGCCAGGGAAAGGAAGGGUAGAGGCAGUGGAGAAGGAGAAGAUAGAGACCCUGGAGGAGGAGAGGAUCGAUAGAGAGGUGCAGGCAAGAGUGGAGAAGGAACGGUUAGAGAGGGAGAGGAGAGAAAUACUGGCGAGAGAGCAGGAGAUGGAAAAAGCCAGAGUAGAGAAGGAGAGAGCGGAGAAAGAGAGGCUGGAAAAGGAGCGAGCAGAGAGGGAGAGGGCAGAUAAGGAGAAAGCGGAGCGAGAGAGGAUCCAGUGGGAGAAGGAGAAGACUGAGAGAGAGGUGAUGGAGAGAGCAAAGAGGGGAGGAACAGGGGAGGAACAGGCUCUGGCUGUAGCUGGGCCAGGACCUGUCGAACUAGGGGCUGUGAAGAAGAGUGGACGGGACCUGAAGGAGAGGGCAGCCAUCCAGUCAAACUCCAGGGAUGUUGUGGAAGCCCAGCCCCAGGGGGUCCAUGAGGCCAGGGACCAGGGAGACAUGGACCUGAGGAGGAGAAGGAGAGCCCUGGGGGUAGGAGGUGCUGGAGGGGCAGGGGAGUCCAGGGAGGGUGUGCUGGAGCUGGAGCCCUUCUUGGACAUGGGGGGGUCGGAUCUCCAUGCAGCCCUUGAGGGACAGCUACUGGAGGGAGCACUGGUACACACACGCCAGAUUAAACAGACCUCUGAGUUUGAGAGAGAU